GCACGGCGGGCUCGGCCUGCCCAAAGCGGCUCCUCCAGCCCGCAGAUACCAGGCUGAAGGGGAUGCCGCCUGCCAGGUCCAGGGUUAAGCAUCCCGGCGGGGCUUUGAAAAAGGCACAACCUUCCGCCCUUCCCAAACCCGCCCCCCGGGACACACAGAUGAAAAGUAAUUCCUCACCUGUCAGCUGGCCUCAUGCGAAGCGGGGAAGCAUGGGGGGGCUGAUGCUGCGGCAGGAGGGGAGAAGGGGGUUGGCCUGGGCUGCAGCAUGGCCAAGGACAGAGAAGGAGGAGCGAGGAGUCCUUGGGAGCAGCGCAGGAAGAAGCUUAGCUGCUGUCAAGGCUGGGGAUCACAAACAGCCCUCAUCAAGACUACCGACAGCAAUUCCUGUCCUGGCUUCCCGCUCCUUACUGCGGCCUCUGGGAAGAGCUACUUCAUCCCAGCGCCUUUGGAUCAGUAUGGGAUCAACUACACAGGAGCUUUCAAGGUGUGAAGAUGCAGUCCCUGCUGAGCAGGGCUUUUGAGCAGCUGAGCACUGCCCAGGAGAGGACAAGAUGUUCAGGGAAAAAAUGACCAGUAUUGGGAAGAAGCUGAUCCGCCGGCGCGUGGUGGAUCUGAGCUCCGACGACACGCGUUUUGCCCGCUGCCUCUCCACACUGGACCUCAUAUUCCUGGGGGUGGGCAGCACGCUGGGGGCCGGCGUGUAUGUGCUGGCUGGGGAGGUAGCCAAGGAGAUGGCCGGUCCCUCCAUAGUUCUCUGCUUCCUGGUAGCUGCUUUCUCAUCGGUACUCGCUGGACUCUGCUAUGCAGAGUUUGGGGCCCGUGUCCCCAAGGCCGGCUCUGCCUACCUCUACAGCUACGUCACCGUUGGUGAGAUCUGGGCUUUUACAACCGGCUGGAACCUCAUUCUCUCCUAUGUGAUAGGUACGGCCAGUGUGGCUCGAGCUUGGAGUGCGGCAUUUGACAACAUCAUUGGCAACCACAUCUCCACCUUCUUCGCCAACAAGACUGCACUGCACCUGCCGGGGGUGCUGGCCGAGCGCCCGGACUUCUUUGCACUAAUCCUGAUUGCGCUGCUUACUGCACUGCUGGCCUUUGGUGUCAGCGAAUCCGCCCUUGUGAACAAAAUCUUCACGGCGGUGAACCUGUUGGUGCUGAGCUUCGUCAUCAUCGCUGGCUUCGUCAAGGGGGACAUCAAGAACUGGCAGCUCUCGGAGGAGGACUAUGUCAACCUCACGCACCCGGACCGACAUGAUGACAUGAAAACAGCCUUUGGCUCCGGUGGGUUUGUCCCCUUUGGACUGGAAGGGAUCCUGACCGGCGCUGCCACCUGUUUCUAUGCCUUCGUGGGCUUUGACUGCAUUGCCACUACAGGGGAGGAAGCCAGGAACCCACAGCGUUCGAUCCCCAUUGGCAUCAUUGUGUCCCUCUUCAUCUGCUUUGUGGCUUAUUUCGGGGUCUCUGCGUCCCUGACUCUCAUGGUGCCCUACUUCCUUGUGAACAAGAACAGCCCUCUGCCCGAGGCUUUCAAGGCAGUUGGCUGGGAGCCCGCCCGCUACGCUGUUGCCGUCGGCUCACUCUGUGCCCUCUCCACCAGCUUGCUGGGCUCCAUGUUUCCCAUGCCCCGAGUGAUCCAUGCCAUGGCAGAGGACGGGCUGCUCUUCAAGCCCCUCUCCAACAUCAACGAUCGCACAAAGACCCCUCUGUUAGCCACCAUCACCUCGGGGCUCUUCUCAGCGGUGUUGGCCUUCCUGCUUGACCUGAAGGACCUGGUGGACCUCAUGUCGAUCGGCACGUUGCUGGCCUACUCCUUGGUGGCAGUGUGUGUGCUCAUCCUCCGGUACCAGUCUGGGCAGCUGAACUCCCCAAAGGCCAUGGAAAUGCUGGAGCUGAAUGGGAACGAGGAGGAGAGGGUGAUCAUGAAUCCAACCAUCACUGCUGCCAGUGCCCAGCAGAAAGAGACACUGUCCUGUUCAACACUCUUUAACCCACCUUCGGACACCCCCACUGCGCUCUCGGGGCGCAUCGUCUAUGUCUGUGUCUCGGUCAUUGCCACGGUGGUCACAGGCCUCUGCGUGUUCCUGACCUUCAGUGUGGCUGCUCUGAAGGACACCAAUGUGGGCUGCAUCGUGGUCCUGGUGCUGCUCCUCGUGUCUUUGCUCAUUCCCACCAUCAUCAUUUGGAGGCAGCCGCAGAGCAACGCGCGAUUAAACUUCAAAGUACCUUUCCUCCCAUUGCUGCCAAUCUUCAGCAUCUUUGUUAACAUCCUGCUGAUGGUACAGCUGAGUCCCGGCACCUGGAUACGUUUUGCCAUCUGGAUGGUUUUGGGUUUCGGGAUUUACUUUGGCUAUGGGAUUCGGAACAGUGUGGAAGGGAAAAAUGCAGAAGAAAAGCCUCUUCACCAUCCUGGCCUGGACCUCAGCCCUGGGGCUGCUGCAGUCUGAAGUACUAGGCACAAACACUCCAUGGAUCCCUGCCAGUGUUCCCGCUUGGGGACAAGAUCAUGAUCCGCACAGUGCAUCCAUCCCCUCUCCUAUAGGGAGUCCCAGAGUCAGGACUGCGGAGCUUGGUCAUGUGCUGCCCUUUCCCCUCACAGAGCAGAGGUCUCCAGGCUGGGUGGGAGUGCUGGUGGGCCAGGCCUGGUCUCUGUCCUGCUGAGGAGCAACAACAGUGGUACAGCCCUCCUACCACAGAAACUGCUUUCCCUGUGCACUGGAGGCCCUACAUGACGGUACAGUGGUGCAGUGGUACUUGUUCAAUCACGUUGCUGUGUUUACUGCCUCCUCUCUGGGGUUUCCAAGCGCUAGCUGUGUACAUGGCAUCCAUGUCCGUAGCUGGGCAGAGGGGCUUGCUAUGAAUCGUUCUGAUCCUCACGGAACUGCCAGCAGACCGGUACUCCCUGCCAGCACAGGACUGAGCUGGCCUGUGAUUUGCAUCCUCUACUUGAGCCUUGUGCUGCCCUGGCCAUGUUGCUUAGCUCCAGAUGUCCCCCCGCAGUGUAGCUGUACUGCUGUCCAACCUCACAUGUGUUUGUACAGUUUACGUUUUAAUGCCAGUUUUUAUACCUC